CACUGUGCAAAUCGUAUAGUAGGCUAGCUCGUGAUGUUAUUUUAUGAAUGUUAUUGCAUUGACGUUUGGUUCUUCUCUAUUAUGUAGCUUGAAGCUAGUGCCUGUUAUUAGUUUAUGGAAGAUUUUAUUGUCUCCAUGAAUUUGUUGGUUUUAAAUCUUGUUCAAGUGAUAUAGUAAACAUUGUGCAUUAGGUUAGAAUGAGAUCGCCAACUAUUUCCUACUGUUAGUGUGUCUGUAUAAAAUCAAGUCUUUUGUUUAAAUUUAUUUUGACAAAAUAUAGAAAUUUGUUUAUCUAAUGGGUGCAUGCUUAUGUCGAGGUUGCAAACGUGAAAGAAAUAAUACUGUUCCUCAACCUGCCAAUCGACGUCUACAAAGAAGAGCCAGAAAUAGUCAUCUGGUUGUUGAUGAAAAUCAAGAAUGUUACCUACCUGCUGGGGGAGGCCCAGCGUGGUGGAAAAACUUGUCAUCAAAAGCUGUCGAUAUACUUGUCUUGGAAACUUUGAAAAUUAUUGGAACAUUGAUGGAAAAUGAACAAGAGCCGCCCGAGGUGCUGAUGAAGCUGCACAACAUCGCUGACCAGGAGGAGGGCUGGCUGCAGGUGGUGCAGUCCAUGGUCCAUGUCAUUCCCAUAGACGAGCCCCUCGGCCCUGCCGUCAUCACACUGCUUCUCGACGACUGUCCACUGCCCAAUAAGGAAGCGGUCCUGAAGCUGUCGCGCAUCUUCAACCUGUCUCACCAGAGCGCGGUAGUGCGGUCGCAGCGGUCAAUCCGGCAACAGCGCAACAUCUGCAUCAUCCUGGGAGUGUUGGCCGAGAAGCUGUCAGGGCCCAGCAGUGUUGCCAUACUGACACCCGGGACUUUGGCCUAUCUCGUCGCCAAUCUGGAAGAAAAUUCAGAUGCUACUGUUACCUUAUUCUCAUUGGUUGCUUUAGAAAAAUUCGCUCAAACAAGCGAAAACAAAGCGACAAUAAUUAGAGCCCUGCUAGCUUUGGAGAAUGGAAAUCCGUUGCUAAGGCUGGAGAAACUGCUCGAAUCAACAGAUCUCAUAGAAUCGCAAGUCGGGUUCUGUGCCCAAUGGUGCCUUGAUAAUCUUUUUAUAACAGAAGGAAGACAGUAUUCGUACGAGAACGUAGACAUGAGUAAUAUCAAUGCAAUGCUCAACAUUAGCGAUGUCAGUGAAUACUUGAAGAUAUCUCCUGACGGUUUAGAGGCAAGAUGUGAUGCCCAUUCUUUCGAAAGUGUACGUUGUACAUUCCAAGUGGACAGUGGUAUUUGGUACUACGAGACCACAAUUCUCAGCUCAGGGGUAAUGCAGAUUGGAUGGGCUACUAGAAAUAGCAGGUUUCUCAAUCAAGAGGGGCACGGCAUAGGUGAUGACGAGUUCUCGCUAGCUUUCGACGGCUGCCGCCAGUUCAUCUGGUACAACGCGAGCAACCAUGCGCAGAGCAAGGUGCGCUGGAAACCGGGUGACACGCUCGGCUCACUCAUUGAUCUCACCCGACCCAUGAUCUACUUCUACCUCAACGGCGAGGAGGUGGCCAGCAGUGAUCUCGUCUUCGAAGAGGCCAGGAGCGGUUUCUUCGCAGCGGCAAGUUUCAUGUCAUUCCAACAAUGCCGGUUCAACUUCGGCAGUGAGCCGUUCAAAUACCCGCCACCCGGCGUCGACUUCAAAAACUUCAACGAUCAUGGCACACUCAGUCCUGAAAAACGAAUUGUUUUGCCAAGGCAUCUUCAGUUGGAGUCAUUGCGACAGAUGAGUGUCAAGGAAGAUUCGUGCACAAUAUGUUUUGACGAUAGGGCGAACAGGGCUCUCAAACCAUGCGGUCACAAAGGUUUCUGUGAAAGAUGUUCCUACAUGCUGAACGAGUGUCCCAUCUGUAGGGCGGCAAUUGAAUGCAUAGUCGAAGAAGAACCCGAUACACCGGACACCUGACACGAGGAAGAGGAGGAAGCGGACGUGAGGGAGGAUGAAGAAGAAGGUGCUAAAGAAGAAGAAGGAAAGAGAGAAAGUUAAGGAGUCAGAAUUGAAGGAGUAGAAGAAGAGUAGUUGUCCUCGAUAGCCUAGUUGCAAGGUUGUAUUGCAAGUAGUUGCAAGCUGCACUUGCAAUUAGUUGCAGUUGCAAAUAGCUGCAAGUUACAGUUGCUACUAGUUGAAAGUGACAGUUGCAAGUUACAAUCACUUGCUGACUGUUGUUGCGACUUGUAGCAAGUGGCAGUUGCAACAAGUUGCAAGUAGAGUAACCAUUGGCUGUGCUUUGAGUUGGGACAUUCUUGGGUUCAACAAAACUUAUACUGCAUGGCAGUUAUAUUGUGAGAUUCACUUCAAACUGUUGAAUGGAAGGCAUACUCAAGGAAUACUGACAGUUUUGAGUGUAUUUCACCAUAGUGAUACAAUACUAUACAGGAUGUCUCUAAAUGAAUUUCUUGAUUUUAAAUUGAUUUAUUCGUUAUGAGGAAGGGUUUAAGAUUGACAAAUUACAUAUCAAAUCACUCACAAAAGACUAAAGACAGCAGAAAUCCAUAUACAAUAAUUACUAAUGCAUAUCUUGAAGAAGAAAGUGUUUUUUGUUAAUCCUGUAACAUAUUUGUUCUCUCCCUAUCAUAUCAUCCUUAUUCAAAGAGUUUGACAAAUUUACGACAGAAUUUGAUCAUAGUUUCAUGAUCACUCUAAUUGUACAAAUUAAUUACAGUAUUUUAACUUUAGCAUUUCUGAGCGUUUUACUAUGUGAUUUGAUUGUUCUAAGCCCUUCUCCCUUAUGAAUGAAUCUAUUUGAAAUCGGAUAUCUCAUUUAGGUGAUUCUAGUAAGUAUUAUAAUAUUAUUUCUUGCUGUGGCAAUCGAUAAUAGUUGAUAAAAUAAUGUAUCAGGGAGUUUAGUUUUGUAAUACUCUAUCAAAAAUUAUGAAAGUUCAAAACCCUGGUAAACUUUCAGUAGUUUCGUGAGAAAAAAGUUAGUUCAUUCAAUAUACUAGCACAAUAUUAGUGUAUUAUGAAAUGGCCCCUUAUCAAAUGUUUGAUAUUCAAUGUAUACAAAUCUAUGAGCUCAGAGUACAAGUAAAACAUGAUCAGUGCAUUUUUUGUAACGCUUUUAUAAAAAUUAAAAAUAUCGACUACAGGCAAUGAGUGAGUUAUGAAAUUAUUUACACAAUACUAAAGGGUUGAGUUGGUGAAUGUCUUUGUAGGCUCUUCCUUUUCCAAUUCUCUGUUUAACUCUUAUUUUUCAAAAAAACUGUCUGGUGUGUUCUCUAUACAAGUUCCUAACAAUAUUUCUGACGCUAGCCUAUCCUUUGUACUCUCAAUACUGAUUGAAGCAAUUACCGCUUGCGAAUUUUUCUGGAAGAAGUUUUAGGGCUAGAAUAGGACUUGUCAAACUUGUGGUUUUAUUAUUAUGAUUUUUAGCAUCGGUACAAAUCGUAGUUUUAUUAGUACUGCAAAAUAGAGUAAACCGAAUUUAUUAGUAUCCAAUUCCGUUUCACGUUGAUUAGUAGAUCAGACUCUUCAGUUCUAAUUUUGUUUAGACGGCUUGGAAUUGCAUCAAUUGUAGUAAAUGAUUCUGCUUGUUUUGUUGUCGACUGAUUAACACAGAAAAUAUCACCAUUCGCCGCCAUUGUUCGAGUCCUUCUUUGAGCAAUACUUGUAAAAGUGGGCGUUCUUAAUCUGAUUCAAACUCCGCUUGAACGACCCUGUUAUAUGGCUUGAAAAUUUCUUUGUAUUUAUGUCUCUUCCUGUAGUUGUGCAAAGAAUUUAACGUAGGAGAAUUUUUGUUUACAUCAUUAUCCUUGAGCUUCUCGACAGGUUUGUGAGAUUUUUUCACUUUGGACGGGGAUUCUUCUUCAACUGGUGAACAAUUUUUAGAAUUUGAGCUGUGUCCUUCCCGGUGGCAUUAGACUUAUCACUUUAAUGAGUUAUUUUCACUUCUGUCACUCCACUAUUUUAGUUGAAAUCGGCAUCAUUUCUCUCCAAUUCAACUCGAGAUAUUCUAUCCAAUUUUUCAAUGAUUCUUUUAGCCUAAAAGCCUGGAUCACCGUCUUCCAUUUUCGUUUUGAUAAUAUUACUUGUCUUAUUUUUCAAAACAUACUUCUAGUCUUGGUCUACCGCCAUACUUGUUCUACACCUCAUCUGCCGCUAGCUUCUGAACAUUCGUAACUUGGUCUGGAUUUCUUCCGUGACAACAAACGCAUUUUCUGUUAUCGAUGGGGUCAUAACGACUUCAGUCGAGUAGAGAACUUUACAUUAGAUGUAAUGAGCUCCCUAGAAAUGGGGCAAUAGAUUCUAUUUUAACAUUUUCAGGUUUUGUACUUUGUAAUGAUUUAUUUCAAAAAGUAUAACCGAUCUUAUUCCGAAGUCUGGUAGCUUUGUACUUGAAUCUCUCGUAUAUCAGAUGUAGGAUCAAAUUACUAUUAAACAUAGAAUUCAAUUUUAAUUCAUAUUGUUCUGUCAUCUAUCACAUUGCCCUUCAUUACUUGAGAAAUUUUCAAUUAGUCAUUACUCUAGUAAAUUGUGGUAAUUUCAUCACUCACUCUUAGCCUUCGAAAUCGUAGUGUAAGAAUUCACAAAAUGUUUCAAUGAUUAGUAGAUGACUAGUGUUAUAAAUUCUCUUAGUGAAACUUUCACAGAUUUUGAUAGUAAAAUUUCUUAUGUAAAUAAUUUCAUACUUCUUAUAUAAUUUUAAUCUGGAACAUUUUGUAACAUUGUAGAAUAUCCCUGUAGAUGCUGUUUCAUGGGCAUUUAUUGUUUCAUUUUAUUAGUUAAUAAAAACGAAAUAACCGUUUUAAAUGGCAUUGACAUAGCUAAUUAGAGUAUAUAUUUUAAGAAUUUAUUUUAUCAUUUCUACUUUUUAUUUUAACAUGCUAGAUUAUUUGUCCAUAAAAGUUACCAUGUAACGAAAUUUUAUCUUUUUCAUUAUUUUUGCCUGAUUUAAAACCAUAUUUAGUACUGGAGCAACCAAAAAGUAUGUAAAAAAACAUGUCUCCCAAAAUAAACGCGUCUAUUUGAUAGUCUUGGUUCAAAAACCACCUAAAUUGGAUGACAUUUUCCAUUCCAUUACCCACCCACAGAUCCUAAAAUUAGGUGAUCAUCUUCAGCAAAACUCAUUUCAUUAUUGAAUGAAAAAGACUAAGAAAUUGUCAAAAACCGCAGAUUUAUUGAUACUUAGAAAGACCGGUUUCGGUUAUUACACCAUUGUCAAUCUCUGAUAAACUCAUUAUCAUGAAAUGUUUUCAUUAUCAUGAAAUGUUUUAAGAAAAUGUAGUGAGUCCCAUACAAGUUUAAACAUCAAAAGGAAGGAUUAUAAGAAUUGAAUAGUUAGCUCAAAUUUUGUUUUAAAUAUUAAUACUAAUUUAGUUUCCUCUAUGAGGAUUGUCUAUUUUCUUUCCA